UCUCACGUACCGCUAUGACUCAAAUCGUCAACCCCGCCAAAAUAUUAACGCAUCCUGACCCAAGACGGAUUGACUCAUUGACGAAUUGAAACUCCAGGUGUCUCCAAAAUUGCCCAAUCCCUUGAGCUCACCUCCUUCCAGCUUCGAUCAUAUCAAACGAGCGCGAUGUCAUCCUAUCCUGUCCUCCACCUCCGUCAAGAACAACGGCCUUACGAGCAUCGUGCAUUCUCUCCUGAUGUUGUAGGCAAGCUUGUCGCUGCUGGGUACCCAGUACAUGUCGAGCGCUCCUCUACCGAUCCUUCCUAUGAACGCAUUUUCAAGGACCAGGAAUACUCCGAUGCUGGCGCCAAGCUCGUAGAUACGCAUACCUGGACAGACGCAGACAAGGGCACCUUGAUACUCGGGUUGAAAGAGCUCCCGGAAGAAGACUUCCCUCUAAAGAACGACCAUAUACAGUUCAGCCAUUGUUACAAAGACCAAGGCGGAUGGGAGAAGGUGCUCGGCCGCUUCCCGCGUGGUGGCAGCACCUUGUACGAUUUGGAGUUUCUGGUAGAUGAGCAGGGAAGGAGAGUGAGCGCCUUUGGAUAUCAUGCAGGCUUUGCGGGUGCAGCUUUGGCACUUAAGGUGUGGGCGUGGCAAUUAACCCAUCCCGCGUCAGAACCACUACCAAGUGUUGAAAACUUCACGAGUGGAAGGGGUUACUAUCUGAAUGAAGAGGAGCUGGUCCAACAGAUUCGGGAGGAUGUUGCAGCUGGCGAGAAGGUUGCAGGACGCAAGCCACAUGCGAUGAUAUUGGGAGCGCUUGGAAGAUGCGGGCGCGGUGCUGCAGACAUGUUCAAGAGAGCUGGUCUGACAGACGAGAAUUUGACCAAGUGGGACCUCAACGAGACCAAAGACAAACAAGGACCGUAUAAAGAAAUCGUCGACAGCGAUAUCUUCCUCAAUGCUAUCUACCUCUCCGAUCCGAUUCCGCCCUUCGUGAACCAAGAAACUCUCUCUUCUCCAGACCGUAAACUGACUGUUGUAUGCGAUGUUUCGUGUGACACAUCGAAUCCGCAUAAUCCCAUACCCAUCUACAACACCCUCACGACCUUCACUAAGCCAACGCUCCCGGUCAAGGUCCCCAGCAGUGAACUGCCCCUAUCGGUCAUUGCAAUUGAUCACUUACCAUCAAUGAUGCCAAGAGAGGCAAGCGAUGCGUUCAGCCAGGGUCUGCUUGAAAGCCUUCUCACCCUGAAGGACCGGGACUCGGCGCCAGUCUGGAAACGUGCAGAGGAUCUGUUCAAGAAGCACGUUUCGAGGCUUCCACCAGGCCUGCAAAAGAAAGAAGUUUGAACUAAGUGUGGAACUUAUUGCGCUUCCAAUGAAAACGCCUGUUCAUAUUGGUAGAGUGAAGAUGGUCACGAUAACAUCAACUAUAGACAAAAGUUCCCUCUGCAUAUCUAACACAACGGCUGACGUGAAAACUAAGUAUCAAAUCGUUUAAGAGUCCUCGGGACAUUGUUGGUACUACUGACUAUUUAAAGUGCCUAAUCUGCUGGAAUAACGCUUGUGGUCGAUGCGUCGACAUGUUGAUGAUAAAUGUAGUUUCUCAUUUGCAUGAUCGACCAUAUGAUCGAUCAUGCUGAACCAAUUCUAUCAUCAGGCUGUCGUGAUGAUAGCAUCGACCC